ACCCCACCCUCAUUAACCUAUUCACACCGUUUCCCAUCUCCCACUUCUCCAUUCCUCUCUCUCACUAAUCCCAAAUGGGUGGCUGUUUCAGCAAAAAGAAAGCCUCUUCCCCCCAUCACAACCCUCAGUCGACCGCGCUUCCUCUUUCUUCUGCACUAACACCAUUAGCGGCCGAGCCCAACCUCAAAACCGGAAGCGAGCCCAAGGUUCACCAGGUAACUGAAGAAGAACAGUCUGGGAAAGCAAGCCAAGAGGAGAGCUUGGUGAAGAAGGAGAUAUUCGUCAUAAAACACAGAAAGAGCCAUGACAGAGACAAACGCUCCCCUCCGCCGCAAAAUCCAACGCAGUCAACCGAAAACGAGCCCGCUUCCUCUGCCUCCACCGAAGGAGGCGUCGUCUGCAACAUCAAUGCUGCUGUGAGGACGUCCGGCUGCACUAAAGAGGAAGUAGAUGCCAUUUUGAUACAAUGCGGAAGGCUUAGCAGAAGCAACUCCUCGGGGAAAACGCCUUCCAGGAAGUACUCCGGUUCCAAGCGAAGUUACGAUUUCGAUUGCGAAAACGACAAUGAUAUCAGCGCUGCUGCUUCAACUGAUUAUGGUUCGAGGAAGAAAGGGAAUGAUAAUUUACGUGAAGACGACCGCCCUCGCCACCGGCAAUCAAGUAGGUCUUCUUCUCAAGGAAGGAGGAGGACUCCGAGCAGAGAAAGAGACCAGCAGCAACAACGCUCCGGGAGCAGAGAAAGAGUUAACGGCAGCGGUGGUGGAAGACGAGUGAGCCGAUCCCCAGGAAGAAGAUCAGAGAACACUGAAGGCACCCAUGGUAAUAAUGCUGCCAAUGCCAGUAACAGGCCCGGAAAGAUGGUCUCUGUUCCGGCAACCGUUUCUUCAUUGGCAAUGGAUAAGAGCAGCAACGGUGUAGAACCUUCCACGACUACUGCUAAUGCCAUCAAAAGGAUCUCUGUGAAGAGGAAUGUGGGAGAGGCGGGUGUAGUAGGUGUUUCAAGGAGCGCCGCUUCACCUCGGUCUCAGUCCCCUGCAAGGACUAAUAAUCUCAAAGGCUGCAAUGAGAAUCAGCAACAACCAACUCUUAGUCGAAGUUCCUCCAGGAAAGCAGAGCAUUCGCCUUAUAGAAGAAACCCAUUGAGCGAGAUUGAUCCCAACUCACUUGCAUACCCACAGUCAGCUGCCACCAACAAAGGACAAGGAGGAAUCAAGAAAUCGAAUGUUGAGAUGAACCACAAAGCCAGUGUUCAAGGUAGCAACCAUAAAGCUGGCAGCAUUGCUACAAAUGUUGAAGAUGUCAAGACACAGCCACCCAAGGUCGGAGCUGACAAUCUGAAACCUCAACAAUUAACGAGAAGCAGAUCCUCAAGGCGGUCACGGGACCUGGACCUGAAUCCAGAAAUUUUGUUGAACCCCAUCCCAUCGUCAUACACAACGCUAUUGCUUGAAGACAUCCAAAAUUUUCACCAAAACAACAACAGCAAUCCUCCUCAGUUUUCACUCCCAGCGUGCGUGAGCAAGGCCUGCUCCAUUUUGGAAGCAGUUGCUGACCUCAACUCCACUACAAGCUCCAACCUCUCUGGUGCAUUCUCUGAUAGGAAAGGUCUCCCAACAGAUGGUUCAAACAAGAACGCCUACAACAACAUGACUGUAGAGAGGAAAAUGACGGAAGCGGGAGACCCUUUCGUUGAAUCCGAGGUAAUUGGAAGUGAUCAUUUGAUGGAGCCAAGUUUUCACAAGUACGUGACAGUUAGGAGAGGUGGUGGUGGGGCAGAAAUGGAGGAACAAGAAUCAUCAGGGAGCAAUAGUAUAGCGGCCAGCGGGCAGCAGCAUUGGGGGUUUUCAUCCUCCUCGUGGGAACCCAAUUCAGCAGAUUCAACGGAUCGAUGGAGUUCAAGGACAAAAAGCAGACAAGAGGACUACAACAGUCCCCUGGGACUCCAGAGGCAUGCCUUUGCUGAAGCAGGCAGUGGCAUGAAAAAAUAGAACUAGAAAGACUCUCUGAACACGAACAUGCUGGUGCCAAGAUAGAGGCUGCACCAAUCGGCUACGAAAGUUCUUCACUCGAUUGCAUUUGCAAUUUGAAGUUGCUGAUUUCAAUUGUAGACUUUCUUGUAUUUGGUUGCUUACUUUACCAACCACUUUUUUCUGCCUAUAAUUUAAUUAUUUGAAUUUUGCUUCUUCCAA